UUUGCUUUCCUGUUGGACAGGUUUAAAAAAAACUCUAUCUUUUUAACCAGCUCAUAUUUUAGAUUCUGCAGACUUCUCAUUUCAUGUAAGAGCCAAAUGCCAUAUUUUGUAUUUCUGUGGAAAUUGGCUCAUUAAGACUAUAACCUGAUAUCUGACAUUGGUGAACCUGCAAUGAACUGCACCCCUAAUGCCACCAUCGAUCCACAGCUGGGACAUGUCCUAAGCCCAGGUGCUGGAGAUGCUGGGACCCAGGACAGUUCUGCUAGUGGUGGGAGCAGUGGAGGCCUUUGGGUGACCUCCCUUUUGGGUGCCACACUGAUGGUCAUGUGCGCCAUGGGUGUAGCGGGCAACACUUACACACUCAUUAUUACUCGAUCAGCCGCUUUACGACGCACAGGUUCCAUGUAUGUCUACAUCAUCAAUUUGGCACUGGCAGACCUGCUCUACCUUUCCACCAUCCCCUUCGUGGUCUGCACCUACUUCGCCCAUGACUGGCUGUUCGGGGAGGCAGGUUGUCGUAUCCUGCUGAGUCUCGACCUUCUCACAAUGCACGCAAGCGUCUUCAUUUUGGUUGCUAUGAGUCUGGAACGCUACCGUGCGGUGGCUACACCCUUCAGUGCCCACAGGUCGUCCUCUCGCAAUCGGAAGCUAGUUGCAGGGGUUAUCUGGGGGGUAGCUUUCGUGCUAACGCUUCCCAUGAUGGUGAUGAUACACCUCAGGGAGGGUAAACCAACUGCGUCUGGUUUGAUUAAGAGGAUCUGCUUCCCUACAUGGACUCCUGAGGCCUUCAAGGCAUAUAUCACUGUUCUAUUUUUGACAAGUGUGUUGGUUCCUGGAUUGGUCAUUGUCGGGCUGUAUGUGGGACUCGCUAGGCGCUACUGGGCGGCACAGUCUAGCUUAGGAGGAAGCAGCCGGUCGGCCAGGAGGAGAGGACUCAAACAAAAAGUUGUAUCAAUGAUAUUUUGCAUUGUUGUGGCUUACUGGGCUUGUUUCUUGCCUUUCUGGGGAUGGCAGCUAGCUAAACUAUUCUCUCUAGAGUCCCUCAGAUCUCUGUCUCCAGCAGCCCAUAAUUAUGUGAAUUUCUUUGUCACAUGUCUCACCUAUGGGAACAGCUGUAUCAAUCCAUUUCUUUACACUCUACUAACCAGGAACUAUAAAGAUUACUUGGCUCAGAAAAGUCAGUCUGUGGGUUCAAGUAGAGCUGACCCAGGGUCAGCUGUGACUACACCACUGCAUGAACUUUAGUGGCUGUUUAAAGGAUUACUUAGCAUGUCACAAGCGGGAACAUUUGUUUGAGCUUUAGCGUGGACAUUUUUGUUCAAGUAAUUUUGUACAAGACUAAAAUAGAUAUUUGUGUGAUACUUUUUAUAUGUAGUAGCACUUUCAACAAACUAUGUUAAAUCAGCAAAUAUAUUUGAUGCUACAAAUUUACAGUUCUGUUGUCAACAGAGCUAUUAAGGAGUGAAAUUUAGCACAGCCGGCAGAUGUUUUCCCUUAUGU